UAAUUUUAUUAACUAAAAUAAAGAAGGAAAGCAUCUUAUAAAAGGAAACACCAGCUGCCAUCUUCAACGUUCCUUCACUUUUUCAUUUUCAGACGCGCUCGUAUAAUCUGCUGCAGUCAAGCCCAUCCAAUUCUUCUGCUUUCCUGAAUUUGCAAGUGAAUGGCAUCUGAGGAAGAUGUGCACUUCUCAAAUCUGAGGUCUCUGCUUACGGGAGCUGAUGAAAUGCAAAACCAGGAGACAGAACGAAAACCAUCAACAGAUGAGAUGUUCAAGAGGAACCUUAUAAAGUUAAAGGAAUGUAUGGAGGGUUCUGAUGGAGAUACAGAGAAGGAAUUAGAAGUUCUUUGGCGACGGGUAAAAACUACUGCAAAGCUAUUGGCUUUCUUGAAAUCAAAAGCAAGAAUCAUGGCUAUCCCGGAUUUAGCACAUACAUCAUGUGGCAUCAAACAAUUGGAAGGUGUUGGUCUUCUUGAUAAAAAUGGUACUCCUUUAUCCAGUUGGUCUAGGAACGUUGAUCUUUCUUUAUUUGAUGGUCCUGAUGAAGAGACAUGGAUUGGAAUUACUAAACAGCAAGGGUCUAUUGAUGAACAGGAUGGAGCUUAUACUGUUGAAUUACUUAAGUCUGUUCAGAUGGUCACAGAUGUUAUGGAAGCUCUUGUUAAGAGGGUUAUAAUGGCAGAAUCUGAAACUGCUAUUGAAAAAGAGAAGGUAAGUUUAGGUCAGGAAGAAGUUAGGAAGAAGGCUAACCAAAUUGAGAACAUGUCUUUAAAGUUGGAGGAAAUGGAGCGUUUUGCUCUAGUUACAAAUGGUGUUCUGAAUGAAAUGCGGCAGAGAGUUGAGGACCUGGUUGAAGAGACAUCAAGACAGAGGCAGCGAGCUGCAGAAAAUGAACAGGAGUUAUGUCGUGUGAAACGGGAAUUCGAGUCUCUGAAAUCUUUUGUUAGUACUCUUAUCAGCGUGAGGGAAACACUUAUUUCAUCAGAGAAGCAAUUUCAAACUAUUGAGAGGCUUUUUGAACGGCUAGUUGCUAAGACAACACAAUUGGAGGGUGAGAAGAUGCAAAAGGAGGCUGAAGUGCAGAAACUUAUGGAAGAAAAUCUGAGGUUAACUGACCUUCUUGACAUGAAGGAAGCUCAACUUUCGGCCAUGAAUGAGCAAUGCAAAGUAAUGGCAUUGAGUGCCUCAAACAUUUAAUCUGGUUGGGUUUGUCUUGUACUUGUGCUUGUUGGCAUGGCAUGAAAAUUGCAUCAGAAGGUUUGUCUUGCAUCCAUACUUGAAAAUGUAAAAUUAUGAAGAGGUCAUUGACUUGUUAUGAGCUGCUGGUCUUCUUUUUUAUGUUGGAAAACUGAAUCCAGGAAGUAUGAAUCAAAGUGUGCCAUUAGAAUGAGAAUUGUUGUGUGAGUUCAAUAGUUUAGUAGGUUUUACAUGUAUUUGGUGUAGGCUGCUGGCAAAUAUUGGUUUCCUGUUGAUUAGAGGGCUGUAAACGAGCGUAACUACUUGCCAGUUCAGCUAUUGAUUAGAGGGCUGUAAACAGUGUAACUACUUGCCAGUUCAGCCAUUGUCAAGCGGUUGACAAGCUUGAGCUCACUGUUUCCUGGUUUGAUGAGCUUGUAAGCUUUUGUCUUAGAUCGAGUAUAAUAUUAAUAAACUCUCAAAAUCUCAUAUUUACCAUCCUAA